AUGGCUUCGAAAGUAAUCGCUUCAGAUGCCCAGAAGUCGCUGUUUCGCAACUGGGCGCAGGACAGCGUCUUCAUACUCGAUACCCACGAUUCUACCAAGCGCCAAUUCUGUCUUCUAGCCAAGAUGAUGGGUUGGGUCGGCGGAGAAGAGACGUGGAAUGACCACUGGCAUGAGUGCUUCGGCGAGGUCUACAUCUGGCGCGCUUUCGAUUCUCUGUCAACUUCCCAUGAGGCAGAUGCCAAUGCUGUCCCCGAUGAUGCUACUGGUACUUCGGUGUCAAAUGCUACGCCCACUCCAAGCGACAGUGGCGGCGUUCGUGCGAGCGACAUCUGGUAUCAGUUUGAGGGCUUCUUCCCCGACCAUACGGCAAGUUUCAACAAUGAGUUCUGGAGAUUGUGCAAACACAUGCGCUGGAGUCGUGAAGAGCGCCGCGAGGCCAGGAUUGAGAUCUUCGAUGCCGAUUGGGAAGCCCACAUGGGCAGCGACCUGGGUAGCCUGGCUCGUUGGCAAGACUUCUGUCGCCUUUGCAGCCUCGAUAUAAUCCCAGAUAGUAUUCCUGGCUGCAUGGAAGUACUUGCGGAGGUUUUGGUCAACAUCUACGAUCUCCUUGACUCGCAGCGAACAGGCUCUGACGUGUUUGUCUUCCAAGAUUUCAAGGAGUUCAGGAAAUACACCUUAAAUGGUCGCAGAUAUCCCCUUGACGAAGCGAAGGGAGACACAUUCUUGCCCAUCUUUCUCAAGGAAGUACUCUGA